AUGGCGGCGCCGAUCUGCGUCUGGGAGUGCCGGCUCAACUCCAGCCUGGAGGAGGCCCUGGUGCGGCCCGACUACCGCGCCACCGAGCUGUGGGUGCUCUGCCAGCACGCGGCGCCGGCCCGGCUCGCGGCCGGCCUGUUCGACAAGGUGGCUGCCGUCCGCCGACUGGAGAUCCACCGCUGCAACGUGUCCCGCGUGGAGAACGGCGCACUCGGCCAGUUCGUGGCGUUGAAACAUUUAGCGCUGGGCCCGCAGACUGGCGGCCUAAUCGUCUCAAAUCAGUCCUUUCACCAUCUUCAUAAACUUGAGAGCCUUGAUUUGGGCGGCAAUCAUAUUGAGUACCUCCCUAGCAGCGCUUUCUGCAGAUUGCACCGCCUCAUGCAUUUAAAUUUGUCGGAGAACGCUCUGGUCGAAGUGGAGCUCGGCUUCGGACCGAGCAACCGUCGAAAGAAGUGCGGCCAGACCCUCCGCGAGCUGGACCUGUCGGCCAAUGUGAUCCGCUCGGUGCGCGCGCGCAGCUUCGCCAAGCACGCCGCGCUGCAGCGGCUGUUCCUCGCAGACAACCGCAUCGAACGCCUGUCCGAGGCGAGCCUGGUCGGCGUCGGCGAACUGCAGCUGCUGGACAUUAGCGGCAACCGGCUGGUGACGCUGCCCGACGCCGUGCUGGCGUCGGUCGGUCAGCUCCGCUUGCUGCGCCUGCAGCGCAACCGGCUGGCGGUGCUGCCGCCGCCGGCCUUCGCCGGUCUCGAGCAGCUGGUCUCGCUCAACCUGUCCGACAACGAGCUGACGUCGCCGGGUGAGUUCGCCGGCCUGCUGCGGCUGCUGCAGCUAGACCUCAGCCGAAACCGGCUGGUCGACCUGACGCCCGGCUUCCGGGAACUGAGUAGCCUGCAGCUGCUGGAUCUCAGCCACAACCAGCUGACGCGGCUGGCCGUCGGCUCGAUCGUCGACCUGGCUAACCUGGCCGAGCUCGACCUGUCACACAACCAGCUGGGCACGCUGGUGGCCGGCGCGCUGGUCGGGCUGCGCGGACUGUCCGUGCUGCGUCUCGACCACAACCGACUGGUGGCGCUGCAGCCGGAGGCGCUGGCAAACUGCAGCGGCGUGCAGCGGCUGCAGCUGGCGCACAACAGCCUGGCGCACGUGCCGACGGCCGUCCGCUCACUGUCGCUGCUGCACGAGCUCGACCUGGCGCACAACCGGCUUCUCUUCAUCGACGACGACGCGUUCGAGGGCUUGCGCAGCCUGCUGACGCUCGACCUGUCGCACAACGUGCUGAGCAACCUGUCGCUGCGGGCGUUCGUGCCUCUGGACCGCCUGGAGCGGCUCGACCUCUCGCACAACCGGCUGACCACGCUGCAGGGCGCGCUGCGCCGCCACCGGCAGCUGUCCGAGCUAGACGUCGCCAGUAACCGACUGACCAGUCUGGUGGGUGUCGCCGGGCACCUGCCCGGACUGCGCCGCCUCAACGCCUCGGGCAACGCGCUGACGCUGUUCGACUACGCGUUGAUCCCGCCGCAGCUGCGCCACCUCGAUGUCAGCCGGAACCGGCUGCGCAGUCUGGACGACAUGUACGACCGGCCGGCGCCUCUGCAGCUGCGCGAGCUGGACGCCAGCGGCAACCGGAUCAGCCGGCUGACGCGCAGCCAGCUGCCCGACUCGAUCGAGGUGGUGCGCCUGCGCGACAACCGCAUCUCCGCCGUCGAGCCGUACAGCUUCGUCGGCAAGACGUUCCUGCAGCUGGUCGACCUGUCGACCAACGAGAUCGAGCGGCUGAACGAGACGUCCGUGCGCCUGUCCGUGGAGCGGGCCGAGUUUCGGCUGGCCGGCAACCCGCUGGUGUGCGACUGCCACAGCGAGUGGCUGGCGCGACCGGCCGGCCAGCUGGCCGUCACGGACCUGGACCAAAUCCUGUGCCGCUUGCGGCACCGGGGCCGGCCCGUGCGCCGCCCGCUGGCCGCCGCCUGGUUCCUUUGCCCGUACACACGUCACUGCUUCGCGCUCUGCCAGUGCUGCGACUUCGACGCGUGCGACUGCGAGCAGACGUGCCCGGGCAACUGCACCUGCCUGCACAACAACAUCUGGACGACCAACAUCAUCAUGUGCUCGGCGCAGCGACUGCUGACCGUGCCGAGCAGAAUCCCCAUGGACGCGACGGACAUCCUGCUGGACGGCAACGACUUGGAGACGCUGUACGACCUCAGCUUUCUCGGCCGCAUCAGUCUCAAGGCUUUGUACCUGAACGCGAGCAACGUCGCGUCGGUGAGCAGCCGCACGUUUCAGGGUCUCACUUCGCUUAGAUACCUGCACCUGCAGGACAAUCGUCUAACGCGCCUCGACGGUGAGGAGAUGCUCAACCUGACGAGCUUGCGGGAGCUGUACCUGCAGAACAACCUGCUGCAGCACGUGAACACGGCGCUGUUCCGCAACCUCGGCCAGCUGGAAGUGCUGGACCUCAGCGGCAACCGGCUGACGCAGCUGGCCGUCUGGACCCUAACGCAGCCGUAUCUGGUGCGGAUAUCGCUAGCCGGAAACCGCUGGCGCUGCGAGUGCAGCUUCCGCUUCCGCUUCCGCCGCUGGCUGCUGCAGAGUCGGCACAAGGUGGCCGACGCCGACGACGUCGUCUGCUCGGGUGGUGACGUCAUCGUGCUGGAGAGCGAGUGCCGCGGCAUACGCACGGCGGCAGACUCUAACGUCUGGGUGUACGCGACGGCCGGCGGCGUGUGCCUGGCGGGCGCUGAGCCGCUCAAGGCGCUGCCGCCGCCCGCCUACGACGUGCUCGUCACGUACGACGGCUGGGACGCGCCGCUGGCCGCACAGCUGGAGGACGAGCUGCCGCAGCUGCGGCUCUGUCUGCUGCACCGGGACGCGGCGGCGACGCCCGACGCCAUUGCGGACGCGGUGCGCGCUAGCCGCGCAGUCGUUCUCCUGCUCAGCGACAACUUCCUCGGCCGGGCCUGGUGCCGUUUCGACUUCAAGCACGCGCACCUGACGGCACUGGGCGCCGCGCGCCGGCCGCUCGUGCUGGUCGACGUGGACGACGUGUGUGGCGCCGGUGACCUGGACCCGGAGCUGGCGCUGCUGGCGCGCAGCUGUCCGGUGCUGAGCUGGCGCGACAAGCAGUUGGGCGACAGGCUGCUGCAGUGUCUGCGACCGCCGGUCGCCAACGGCUGGCGGUCGCGCCCCCCGCCGGACGAUUACGCCGACGGACCUGUUUAUGCCAGCAUCGAUGACGCGCUCGUGCGCUCGCCUUCGCUUGCGCCGUCCGAGAAGGCCGCGCUGGCCGGCUCGCCGCGCGUUAACAUCACCGUGAACCCGGCCAGCGAGGUGGCCGCCGACGCGCCGCCGUCGACGCGGUCCGGUGGCAAGGUGCAGCUCACGCCCUCGUACUUUGUCUAGUCGUCCGCCGCGGAGGUCCUUCUGAUUUUAGCCUAUUUUAGUAUAUUUUUAUAUGCGUGGCGAUCUCGUUGCGGGUGUGCGCCGGCCAUCUGGUUUACUUAGCUUGAGGAGCGGACUGGUUACGGCGGCCCGCUGCUGCCGUCGCUGUUGGGAAUGAGCUGCUGGUCGUCCAGAGAGGUGCGCUGGCUCCGGAGGGCCACGAGAGACGGCCCGAUCGAUUGGUAACGCAAUAAAGCUGCAUAAACAACAGACUUGCCGCCUGCCGCGGCAGAGACCGGCCUUUGUCCGCAGCGGCACGCUCCAACUACAGUGACUAAUUAGUUUUCCUGUCGGUUCAAACGAACGUAACGUCUUCUGAGAGGCGAGUUGGACGGUCGGUUUUGCUCUCCUGCUCCAGCGGCCGACGCACUACAAAUGUUCGAGAGAAAAUGGACGCAUCGGUAAGAAUUUCUACGCCGAGCCAACACACAACCAGCGCGUGACCCAUAAAAACUUUCCAAGUUUUGCUGAAGCCGAGCCCGGUUCUAAGCCAAGUCAAUCAUAUCAUUUUCUGAUGUGUCUAGCUAAAAUGGAUGAUCAUCUUAACUUGGCAAACAGCGGCUGAAAAGAUGAUGACGAGUAAAAUUGACGGCCCGAUCGGCUGCCAACGCGGAUUGAAAACGCUCCUCUCAGGUCUCUCGCAAACUUGUUUCCCGGAAACUUUUGCUGCAUCCCAAUUUGAGGAGCUUCCAACCUUUUGCUUUUUACAGGCAUCGGUUCUGAAUAACGAGCAAACAACUCGAUUAUACGUGACGCAUGCAGGCCAUAAAUCAGUAAUAAACGAGAAGCGAAGU